GAUCAUAAACACACACAACUUUGUACAAUUCAACAAUCAUGGCAAUAUUCCGUUAAUGAUCAUUUCUUUCCUCUCCCAUAUGGCGGGAUGAGGCUUCUUUUAAUUCGGCACGGCGAGACCGUCGAUAAUGUUGCCAACGUAUAUGCCGGCGUCACAGACUCUGCACUAACGAAUCAUGGCGUAUUGCAAGCCAAUCGACUUGGCACCCAUCUCGCAGCUUCGAAGGUUUCCCAUAUAUUCUCUUCCGAUCUUCAACGAGCUAUCAAGACAGCAGAAGCUAUUCGUGUUGCUCAGAACAAUGAUCCUUCUUUCGAAGUGACAAAGCUUGAGCUUCUUCGAGAACAAGACUUUGGUCACUAUGAAAAAAAGCCAUUUCAUGAACGUUCAAAAGCUUCAAUUAAAACUGCCAAGGAAGUUCAUUCCCAGGCACACCGAAUUGAUCCAGGAUUCAAAGAUGUGGAGUCGAAGGAAUCGAUGAAGAGGCGGAUGGAAACAUUUGUCAAUAAGCACCUGAUACACUUUCUCAACAUCGAUGAAAACAACCUGAAUGAUCAUACCAUUGCUAUCGUGGCCCAUGGUAUCAUUUUGAAUCAUCUCUGGCGAGUCAUCUUAAGACGAUUCGAUCCAAAGAAUGUCUCAAUUAGUCCUAAUGUUCCACGUCCCGAACGUGGACUGGAAUAUCUUGGUGGUUGGUCCAAUACUGGCUACUUGGAUUUGGACAUCAAGCCCAUUCAAGAAGUGACACCUUCCAAAGUUGGUUCCGUGCCUUCAGUAUUGGACGAACUAUCCAAUGCCCAGACCUCAGUCAUGCCACCAAGUCAUGCUGUUGACGGGUCCGAGGUUACUAUGUCACUCAUGAUAAAGUCUGUUAAUAAUAUAGAUCAUCUCAAAGGGCUCAAGAAAACCCGAGGUGGAUUAGGAAGCUUAAAACAUGAUUCCACUCAGAGAACCAUGGAUUCAUUCUUCAAAAAGAGGAAGCUUGGAUGAUACAAUUUUGAUUUCGUACUCCUAUAGGCAAAUUGUCUUCUACAGCGUAUGUUAAUUUCGUUUUUUCCUCAAUGUCUUCGACUUCCAAAUUAGUUCUUUAAUAUUAUCAUAUUUACAAAAUCAUAUGCUACCUCCAUAUUGCAAUUUCUGUGAAUGAUGCUCAACCACCGUGAAUGCCUCCCUUGGACUGCACAUUGAUAAAAUUCAUUUAUCUUCCA